AAGAGACGAGAAGAGGAGAAAACAGAAGAACUCCCUGGCCGGGCACCACUAGGACCCGAUGAACUAGCUCAGCAGGUGGCGCAACAGCAAGCCAUGUCGGGUGGGCAGCAAUUUUUACAAUAAAUUAAAAUGCAAGCAUGACGCACAGUCGACGUGGACGCCGCCCUGCAGAGGACACCACUAGAGGGCCAAAUACCCCCAGGGGGUCAGGAGGGUGGGGGCAGGACACAGGGGGCAUGCAGCAGGAGAUACAGGGACUACAAGGUGGCAUGAUUGAAAUGUCGGACAGUACCAGUUCUGUUGGGUCUUCUAAUGAACCCAUACAAAACAUGCCCCCUUCUCAGCAACCACUACCCCACAUGGACAAUUAUGGACCUGGGCCAGGGGACCCGUACCCUCACUAUGGUCAUCCGCAAGGCCACAAUAUGAUGCCUGACGUCCCCCACUCAGCCAUGUCACUAUCAGCGUCGACCAUCACUACUCAAUCAGCGUCCUAGACAUUGUACAUUAAGAGGAUAUUUUUAUUACAAUUGUGUAUAGAACUUGUCUAUAGUAAGGGAAUAAGUAGAACAGUGUGUGUUUAAUAUUAUGUUCCAUUGUUCAACUGACAAACAGUAUGCAAAUUGAUAUAGAAUUUUACGUAAUUUGGCAUAAUUUUUAUCAGUUGGCAUAUAUUAUAUCAAAUGGCAUAUAUUGCAUCAACUGGCAUACAGUUUUGUUUAUAUGUAACAUUCACAGUUGGUUUGUCGAAGCUUUUCACUGUUUGUCAUUCUAUAGUAACAUUUUACAAGGUCGGACCAUUAGUUUUGAGGGCAUUCCUCGGAAUGUAUAUUAUUUGAGCCUAUCUACCAAGUCUUCACUUCUCGCUUUGUAAUGAAUAUAACCAACUACAAAAACAUGCAUUAGCCUAUUUGUAUUAAUACAGUCUUAGAUGUACCAGGUUGAAAAUUUAUACAACAUGUGAAAUGUACAUUUGUCAACUUUAAUACCGACUGUGAAUGUAAAAAUGCUCAUUUAAAGUAGCUAUUGUGUCAACUAUUGGUUGCUGUAGAAUUUGGUAUUAAGUCCUUCAGCAUUUCUAUUUUACUUGAUUAUUGUGUACUGGUAAAGAUGCAGUGUUUUCUGUGUUAUUAAGUGAAUGUUGCAAUGUUCUCAUUUUUUUGUCAAAUUAC